CUUCUUUCACUUAAUACCUCCAGAAUACCUCCCGCGACUUGUCCUUGCAACGUCCUCGGAUGCAAGAAUCUUCUGAAGAAGCAGGACCAAGUAACACCAGCAACCCAAACAAGCCUAACAAUUCGACCUCCGCCAAUCCGACUUUUCCUUCCCAUCCUCAUCCUACCCGGAUACAUUUCCCAAAUCCUAAUAUCAACACCCAGCCUCAUAUCAACGCCCAGCCUUCAAACACCAACAGCAGAGCGAAUGUCAAGACGAGCCUUAAUCUUAAUAAUGCUAUAGCAGGAAGCUCGAAGGAUACCAGCACGAGUGCUCGACGGAGAGUCGUUUCCGUCGAUGCUGGGAACCCGUAUGGUUCACUGAGGGGAACUAGGAGCGGACUCGGAGCGACGAGUGGUAUGGGUAGGAGAAUGCCUACAAUGAGUAUGGGUGCAACGGGGACCUCUGGACGCCGUGUGGCUUCUUUGGAAUCGACGGAUAGUAAAGAAAGCCAACCAGAUUCUUCGUCGGCAGAUUCAGGAUGGGGAAUGGGUACGUUUUCUGACGAGUAUGAUUUAUCUCAUGAAGAUCCAAGAAUCCUACAAGACGUUCAGCGUGCGUUAAAGCUGAAGCACAGACGUGAGGCUCGAAGAAAAUCUGGACAACUUGAUGGUCCUGUUCCUGCUCCUGGCACAGGAUCUCUGACCAUGAAUAGGCCAUCGUCUCCUCUGAGAUCCAGUGUCUUUCCUAUUAGUACGAGUCCUACACCCGUCCUAACAACAACAACAGACGUUACUCAACCUUCUUCUACUUCUGCUCCGCUGGCUCCUUCGUCUACAACCACCCCCUCCGCACCUACAGCCUCCCCUAUCUCAACUCUCACCGCACCCUCCACAGCAGAUAUCGACUUCAGUCCAUCCACCGGCCCUUCCGUCGUCCGUGUCCGCGUCGAUCCUCUUCGACGCCUGCACCCCAUACCCCUUUCGAACGACGGUGGUGAAACGUUAGAUUGGUCAGGUUCGGGCUCAGUAAACGGGUACGGCUCCGAAGACGAGAAGAGUGAGAAAGCCGAGAAAAGUGAAAAGAGGUGGUCAUUGAGCGUGUCGAGGAGGGGCAAGGAGAAGGAGAAGGAAAAGGAUAAGGAAAGGGAAUUGUUACCAAGUGCGGAAGAUUUGAAGAGGUUGGAAGGAUUGUAUGUCGCCAAGCUUUCUCGGAUAAAAUCUGCUUCAUCCCAAUCUACGAGCAAGAAGGUCGCUAUCACUGCGGAUCAAAUCGGUCGACGGUAUAACUUGAUAUAUACUUCCCUUUUAACCCCUGGCUCGACUCUACUACCCAACCACCAAUCUGAUAUUACUACUACUUCUGCUUCUGAGACCGAUAUCAAGGAAUUCAACCUUCUCAAGGUAUCCAAAUGGUACUCCGCGCAAGAUCCUCUCGUGCGUUCGUCGUUGGAAAAGGCGGAACCGUUCAUCUGGUUAAAGCAUCUCGAGAAGAAGCGGAAUCUCAAACAACCGAAAGGGGAGGAAGGUCAUAAAGAUAAAGCAGGAGGGGAGGAAGACAAUGUCAAAGAAGAUCCUUCUGCUACUACUACUACUCGACUGCCGUGGCAUUUAUCUGCUUUGAUCAUGGAAGAAUACAUCCUCGCUCAGAGCGCUAAGAAUCAUUCCCACUUCCCUGCUUUUCCCGUACGAAACAUCCCCCAUCUUCAACCUCCGCUCAAACCCAUAAACCCCAACCCUUAUGCUGCUCGCUCCAUGCGCUCUAUACCCGAACAUCCUUCGUCUCCCGAUUCUGCUACCCAUACUCAUGAUUUCGGUAAAGAUUACGUCCUGGGUACUAACAUGCCAUCACCUCCGGACGACGGAGGAGGGGGAGGUACCGGGAGUCUCAAUGACUUGCUACCCCCGUUCAUACCUUCCGGGUAUUCCACUCCUUCCGCAUACUCCGCAUAUUCACCCCCUUCCGUAUAUUCGAAUUAUUCCCCUCCUUCAACUUAUUCCACACAUUCUGCUCCUUCUCAAUCUCAACAAUCCCGUUCUGCUCCUUACACACCUCGCACACCUUACACUCCCUAUAGCCCCUACACACUUUUGAACAACAACAACAACAACAACCCAUCCACAUCUCCACCGUCGCCGCAACACGGUCGGAUCUCCUUCGAACCUCUACUCGAUCCCCCGUCUUUCAUCAAUCGCCCCUCGAAUGAAUCACGACGGAGUCUCGAAUCGACGUUUAGUAGUAUAUUCAGCUCCGGAGGAGGAGUAGGUAAUACCAACACCAACACCAACACCCCAGCUCCAGGCGGCGCAGUAUUCUCCUCCCCCGCAAGCAGCCGAAGCCGACUACAUAUUCGAGAUAGUUUCGGGUUGAGAAAACCCAGAUCGACGACGACGGCGGCGGCGGUGAAUGCUAAUGAUAGCGAUGACGGGAACGGGUAUGGAUCGUCCGCGAGGAAUUCGGCUACAGAGCAAAGUGACAAUGGGGGAGGGGAUAGAGGAGAGGAGUCGUUUAUCCAUGUGGAAUCUGAGGAACCGGAGACCGCUACUCCUGCUCCGGGUGUGGUAUCACCUACCGGCAAUGGUGGUUCAGGCGUAGUAGGUCCGGGUUCGUCUGGUGCUGUGAACGUUGUUGGUGCGACUGUUUCUCCGAAUGCUGUUGGUUCGAACUUUAAUUCGCAUACAGCAUUACGGGCAAACGCAAACACCCGUAACCUCCGCCCUCUCCGUCCACUCCGAAAUAGGAAUUCGUUACCCACAACCGAAGAAGACCGGAUAACGUUAGCGAUAGAACGAAAACGGAAACAAGAAGCGGAGGAGGCGAGGGAAGAUAUGGAGUAUGAGUUGAAGGCACAACUCGUCGCCUCAUGCAAGGACUCCAACGCCCACAUCCGGUCCGUGCUCAACCACAUUGCGCAACACAUGCGUGAAUACGAGAUGUGUCAGGCUAGUUUCAUCGCAGGAGAAAGUCAGAAAGGCGCCGGAGGCAGUAGUCAUGGUGGUCAUGGUGGUCACGGUGCCGUAGCAGGAGCAGGAGGAGGAGGAGGAAGAGGAGGAGGAGGAGGGUUUGGAUACACGGCUAUUUCGCCGGAACUCUUCGAAGCAUUCAGCCACGACCCAGCGAACGUGACGAGCUCGACGAAGAGACUCAAGACCUAUCGCGCGGUAGACGAUAUCCAUCAUCGGCUGACCAGGCAGAGGGCGGUGUUUGCGGAGUUUUUAGCGCAAAAUAGUAAGGAUAGUGGAUCCGAUGGGCCGGAGACACAAGAUAUCCUUCAAGCCCCUAUUGAGGACUUGAUGAGGACGUUGAAGAAAUUGGAGCAUCAUAGAUUGGAUGUUGUUAAUCGGGAGAAAGAGGUUUCGGAGAUGUUGAGAGAGACACAGGUGGUUCAUGCGGAGGUUAAGAAGGAGUAUAAUAGUACGCUGGCGCAUACGAGUGUUGUUUAUCCCGAGCUCUCCCAAAUCGUCGCUCUCGAAGAAAGCUACAAAGACCAAUACCAACACCUCUGGGACAUCGGGAUGGACGCUCUCACCUUCAUCCUCGACUCCGUCACCCCCUUCUGGCGGAGCUACGGCAAACUCAUCGGCGACGACGUCCAAGACUUCCUCAUCGUCCCUCUCUACCGGAACGAAUACACCGGCGAAGCCAAGCGCUACCCCAUCCCCCGUCUGCCCGCUGGAGGGGUGGUUGGAGGAGGGGGGGUUAAGGUGGGUGAGGUGGGGGGUGCUGAUUCCGGUGUUUUGGGUGGGGAUUUUGGGGCAGUGGUUAGCGGUGAUUGGGGAGGCGGCGGUGGUGGUGAUGCAGGUGGGGACGGUGAUGUGGUGGGUUGGGUGGUUGGUUGGGGUGUUUGA